AAUUGUAUCAUUUGGAAGCAUUCAAGAUAUCUAAAAAUAAAAUAAAAUCUGACCAUUCCUUACAAUUUUAUUAUGCUUUUCUAACUUGGCACCAUCUCUACUUUAAAGGAUGCUCUGCCCUUCCUCUCCCUUCACCAAGCUCAUCUCCCCAUAAGCAUCUUGACACAGAGAGAGAGACUCAGCUCCCCAUAAGCAUCUUCAGAGAGAGAGGGAGAGAGGGAGAGUGCAGUUAGUCACAUGAAAUGGCCACAGAUCAUCUUCCUCCAUGCUACCAUGCAGAUGAAGACUACAUAGAUAUGGAGGUAAGCUCUUCCUCCAACUUCUUCUUUGACUCCACAAACUCUCCUCCUCAAACCAGAGAAUUUGAGUUCCAAAUGUCUUUAAAUUCCCAUGAAAAAGAAUCCACAACUUCACCAGCUGAUGAACUCUUCUAUAAAGGAAAACUCCUUCCUCUUCACCUCCCUCCUCGCCUGCAAAUGGUCCAAAAACUCCUCCAAAACUCCACCACCACCACCACCACGUUUGACAACACAAAAGAGACUCUUGGAGAUGACCAGUUCUACAGCAUUGCCUUCAUCACUACAUCUACAACUUCUUCUACCAAUACCAGUACCCCAUUGGAGUCCUGCAACAUCUCACCAUCCGAGUCUCGCAGGGUCAGUAGUGAAAUAAACCCUGAUGAGUACUUCUUCGAAUGGUCGACUGAAUUGACCGAUUUCAUUGGCGAUCGGCCAAAGAAGUUCAUCAGCUGGUCCAAGAAGCUCAAGAUGAUUAAACAAUCAUCACUGCGUCAAAAGUUGAAGGCUUCGCGGGCUUAUUUGAAGUCGCUUUUUAACAAGUCGGCUUGCUCAGAUGAGUCCUCUGCCAAAGAAGCCUGCAAUUUCGAAGCCGGUUAUGUCUCCAAAGGUAAGGAGUAUCUAAACAAGUACAAGAAGGUAGCAAAGAAAAACCCAUUUGGACAAAUCGGAAAGGGAACAUACCCAACAUUGGCUAAUGUCCUUAACAGCAUUGAAAAAGAGGCGGUUGAGGAUGGUGUUAAUAGCCACAGGAGAUCUUUUUCAGGAGCAAUCAAACGACAUUCUGCAACAAAGAGCUCAUCUUCAUCUUCAUCGGGUGCUUCUUCGUCUUCAUCAUCAUUCUCAUUUAAUUCGAAUGGUUUUAAUGAGUCACAGUUCCUCAAGAGGAGCAGCAGCGCUAAUUCGGAGAUUGAUUGUUCAAUUGAGGGAGCAAUUGCUCAUUGUAAACAGUCUCAACAGCUUUUUAGCUCAAGAAAACUGGUAGGCGAAAUGGAGCUUUGUUCACUGUCUGCUUCAAGGAUUGCAGCUUCUGGGGAUAAAGAAAGACCUGGUUUUUACAGCAUUUGAUGAUACAAAAAGGAAAAAAAGAAAGAAAGAGAAAGGUUUCCAGAGAGAGAUGAUUAAAAUGUAUUCUCAUUUCCUGUAAAGAUUUUCAUAAUGGGUGCUAUUUAGUUCCAUGUGAUGUUGAGGCAUUUUCAUAUGCACAGUAAUAAUACAAACAAUUAGACUUGAAUACGUCAAGAUGCUUUUUCCAGCAGGUGAACAUCUUUAGAUGUCACUGUGGACAAAUACACAUUAAAUUUCCUCU